UCUGAGUCCUCCUCCGCAUCGGACAUACUUGGGAUUCGACGCGAUCUUCCUUGGGUUUAUCAGUGACUGCACCGCGGCCCAAAAAGCCUAGGAUAUUUCACGAGGUUUUGAAGAAGAUGAGUUUGGUUCAUUUCACUCCAUAGAAGAAAUGCACAAAAAAUGGACGUAGAAAAAACCUAACUUUUUUGAAGCCAACAAUAGACGGUUGGUGUUGUAUUCUUAAGCAGGCAUCUGUUGAAAAAUCAACAUACUAGUAAUAAGAGGCUGGACUUUGUGCAAACGAUACUUUCUCAAACGGUGCGCCUGUUCUUGGGAUGGGGGUGAGAUGAGGACGUCAUUUGUCUUAGUGCUCCUGUUGGUGCUGGUGGAAUGCGGUUCGGAGGAAGCCUCCUGCCCACAGGACACGCCGGAAUGCCCCUGUUACAAAUUUGACGACGGCCUGUUUCUCGAAUGCCCCAGCGCGACUGAAAAAGCCCUAGAGACGGUCCUCAAGUCCGUGACCUCUCUCAUUCAGUCAUUCAGUAUUUACGACCUCGACAGGGAUGUGACGGCUCUGAAGAAGCUUUUCUUCCCCCACGGGACGAGGAUAAGACACUUGCAGAUAUCCCACACCAGCCUCGCGUCGUUAGAAGAGGAUUCCCUCUCCGGCGUCAAAACGGAAAUGGAAUCGCUGAGCAUAGUCUCGGGCAAAUUAAAGCACAUCCCUCAAAAAGCUCUGACGGGAUUGAGCGCGUUGAGGGCUUUGGAUCUGGAAUCGAACGAGAUAUCCGAGCUUCCCAGUUAUUCCUUUUACGGGCUGCAUCUCACGAAAAUAAACCUGAAGGGUAACAACGUUCAAAAAAUGUCCGAAUAUGCGUUUGCCGGCUUGGAAAAUUCCAUUACCGAGAUCGAUCUGUCAGAAAACAAGCUUAACUUCUUCCCCAUGGCGUCGCUGAGACGGCUGGAGCAUUUGAGAUCCUUGCGAUUGGCUUGGAACGAAAUAAGCAGUAUCCCGGACGAUGGCUAUUCGAAAUUACAAAGCCUCGUUUUCUUCGAUCUCAGUUCGAACAAUUUCGAAUCGUUGUCGGAGGACACAUUUCGACCGACGCCGAAAGUGAAGACGCUGUCCCUUUAUUACAACGCCAUCGAGGGCGUCCAUAAAUUGGCUUUUCUCUCCCUUCACCAGAUGGAGUCCAUAGACAUCAGUCAUAAUAAAAUAGUCUAUUUGGACGCAGAAACUUUCCGUGCCAAUAAAGAGUUGAGGACUAUAGAUCUCAGUCACAAUCACAUCCAUUACAUAAGUGGAGUGUUUGAAAACCUUCCAGAACUCCGGGAACUCUUCCUCUCUGAAAAUAAUAUAUUAGAAAUUCCUUUUGACGCCUUUACGAACUCCGUAUUGUUGAACGUCAUUUAUUUACAACAAAACGCCAUCAGGAGGAUCGACGAAGACGCCUUUCUUACUCAAACGAGUUUAAACCAGUUGUACUUGAGUGAAAAUUUCAUAGAAACGAUUCCGAAAUUCUUGCUAAACAGUACCAAAGCUAUCACGACAUUGAGCCUCGACGGAAACUGGAUCGGUCAUUUGGAGGCGGGUACUUUUCAAAGGGUAUUCGAACUCAAAGAGCUGAGGCUUCAGAACAACAGGAUUAAAGUGAUAGAGAGGGGCGUUUUCGAACCGCUUCCUAACCUUCUCGAAUUGCACUUGCAAAACAAUUUUAUAACCAGGGUCGAAUCCGGUUCCUUCCACACUUUGCAAAACUUGCAGCACGUCAACCUUCAAGGCAACCUGCUCGCAGUGCUCGGAGACGUCUUCCUUCACGAGUCGCAUUCUCUCGUCUCUAUCCAACUGGACUCAAACAGUCUCAUGACAUUGCACAACGAUUCGUUGAGAGGCCAGUCAAGCGUUCAGAUUAUGUGGCUGGGGCAUAACAAGCUGACAAAACUCGACCGGGCUUUGUUCAGCGAUUUGCUACUGAUAAAACGAGUCUAUUUGACGAACAACAGCAUCGCUCACAUCGAGGACGGUACGUUCGAACCGAUGCAGGCACUCAUGUUUCUCGAUUUGAGCAUUAACAGGCUCAAGUUCAUUUCGGUCAAAACGUUCACCGAUCUCCACGAACUCGAAGAACUUUACCUCUCUUCAAACGGCAUCAGGCAUAUUGAGCCAAAAGCGUUUAACUCGCUGAAAAAGCUGAAGAUUUUGGAUCUGUCCGAUAACGAAAUUUUAGUCCUUCACGAUGCUAUAUUCCAGAACAAGCUUCCUAUAAAAACUUUAAACUUACGGAAUAGCUCCGUAGCGAAAAUAGAUAAAGGCGCGUUUCAGGGGUUGAGCAGUUUGGACGAGCUGAACUUGGAAUGCAACAAACUCGACGCAGACUCUCUAGUCCAUCUCGUCAUACCGAGUCUUCGAAUUUUCAAAAUAGCUUGCAAUAAUCUUUCUAACAUUAACGGGAAAACUCUCAAAGGUCUCCCGAUGCUACAACAACUGUCUUUGGACAACAACGCUAUUGUCAAACUGCCGGCAAACACGUUCAACACGAAUAAGAAUUUAGUCAGAAUCGACUUGUCCAGCAACAAGAUCAGCGAUUUCGAACACGAUCUGUUUCACAAUUUGAAACACCUCAAAGAACUCAAGCUGGAGGAUAAUUCCUUUCACAACGUGCCGUACGAAGCGUUGAACAACGUCAGCUCUUUAGAGACGCUUGUACUCUCCAGAAAUUCAAUCUCUUCUUUAGACGUCUCAAAACUAGCAGGUCUCGGCCGUUUGAGAGAUUUAGAUUUGAAAAACAACAUUUUGACCACCCUGUCCGGUUUUGCUUCAGCGAAUCUGACGUUUUUGUCUAGCGUAGAUUUGAGCCGAAAUCUUCUUUCUGCCCUGCCGGCCAACUUUUUCGUCCAGGCGAGCCUUUUGAAAAGGGUUGAUUUGGCUUCAAACCGGUUCAGGCAGAUACCGACGACGGCCCUUUCCGAGCAGAACCUGCCGAACCUCGCAUGGCUCAACUUGACGGGAAACCCGCUGACUCUAAUCCACGAUCUCUCGUCGACCAGGAAUUUCCCCGUCCUUCAAGAAAUUCAUAUUUGCGAGACCAACCUGACCAUCGUGACGAGUAAAGAUUUCGAAGCGUUUCCCGCAUUGCAGCAUCUUUUCCUUGGGCAGAACAGGAUAUCCAGGGUGUCCCCCGGGGCUUUCCGCAGUCUGCCUCACCUCCUUACACUCGACCUCGGAGUAAACGAAGUUGAAAAACUGCCCCAAGAACGUUUAAAAGGCCUCACCCACCUUCGACUUCUUAAUCUAACACACAACCGUUUAAAGGAUUUGGAAGAAUUUCCGAGUUCGCUCAAGUCGUUACAGAUCCUCGACUUGUCCUACAAUCAUAUAUCCAGAAUCACCAAGGGGACUUUCAAACAUCUGGAAAACCUAGCUGAACUUUAUAUAUAUGGCAAUUGGAUAUCCGCCAUCGCCAGCGACUCUUUCAGGCCGUUGAAAAAGUUAAAACUUCUAGAUCUAUCAAGAAAUUACUUGGAAAACCUGCCGCUCAACGCAUUCCGUCCGUUAGAAACUCAAAUCAGAAGUUUAAGGACUGAAGAGAACCCACUCCAUUGCGGCUGCGAACAGCAGGAGCUUUGGGAAUGGUUGCGUGACCACCAAAAAGUGGUCGGCGUCGGCCUAGGCCAAGGCGGAUUGAGGUGCGAGCAGCCGCCGGAACUUCGCGGCUUACUUUUCCUCGAAAUCGAACCGCCCAGGUUUUGCUCUGCUCCGCUCGUCCUCAAAUUGGCAAUCCAGGACAUCCAGCCGUACAGCGUCGUCGUCUCCUGGCAGAGCAGGAACCACACCGGCCUCCACGGCUACCGGGUCGCCUAUCACGCCCUCGACACCCACCAAUCGCAGGUGGAGGGCAAGUUGCUGGAUCGCAGUGCCAGGUCGGUGAAACUGGGUCGCCUCAACCCCGGCACUCGUUACCUUGUUUGCGUACUGGGCCUGGGCCAGUGGGUCGUCCCUGCGACGAACACAACCACGAGCCCUCAUCUCUCGGAAACUAUCCCGCAACUGACCGACUCGCAGACGAGCCGCUGCACUGAAGUUAGGACGUUAGAAGGGACGUCGGGUGAAGCGGAGCCGAGUAGCAGAAUUCCCGGAUCCAUCCUGACCCGCCGGCUAGGACUGAUAGUCGGCUGUUGUCUCGGUUUCGUCGUGUUUAUAAUCCUCGUGUCUGUGCUUAGCUAUCUGAAAAUAAAGAAACAAAGGGAAGCCGCGAAGAGGGAAGCGUCCGGAGUGGGCAUGUCGAACGACUACCUUUCUUACAGGCACUUCUCCCUUCAAAGCGCCGAUCCUUUCGCGACGACGCUGUCCGCCUAGCAGUCGCUUCCGUCCCUCUAGGCAACGUCCGUCUCAGUCACCACCUUCAACAACCAGAACUUGUUCUGAAAAUCCCUCCGGUGGACUUUCCGAACGGGUUGAAACGAAGGGGGUGGCUGAGCCGGAAUCCCAAGAAGUUUUUGAAUCGUAUUCGUGGGAUUGUGUCUCGAGGGGCCGCUCUUGAUGAAUGACAUCCGAGCUAAGAUCGAACAAUUACACAAAACACAAUAAUAAAACAAAGGAAUAAAAAGCCUUCGGCUUGUUUAACUUCGAAGUCCUUGAAUAUUCUGUGACAGUUAUGGCACAUUUUUUAGCCGAAGAAGCAGCUAUCUGCUGAAAUUCCCGUUCCAAAUGUUUUUUUCUAGGCAAUCUUUGUUGAAUAAAAUCGGGUUGUGAUUAAAUUAACCUUUAAUAACCGAAAGUUUUAAGUAGGACGUUCUUUUACAAUUAAAGCUAAUAGUGUAAAUAACUCAAUUAACAACUAAAUAUACUAA